AUGCGUGUUUUGGUGGAUGCACGGGACAAGCUGGGGAUUCCGUGGCAGAACUCUGAAAACGAGAAGCACGGCAUGUUUGUGAUGUCAUUUGAGGGGCGUGGUGGAGUGGCCAUAGAACCAAUAGAAUUCCAGCUUUAUGGUCUGGCGCUGGAUGCUCUGUGGAGGGAUUCUGGGAUACAGGACGCCUACGCACGACGCAGUGAGUUUCAACUGAGUGAGUCGGUGAAAUACUUCCUGGAUAACCUGGACCGGAUUGGCCAGCCGAACUAUAUCCCUAGUCGGCAGGACAUUCUGUUUGCACGGAAGGCGACUAAAGGAAUCGUAGAACACGACUUUGUCAUAAAAAAGAUUCCGUUUAAGAUGGUUGAUGUGGGGGGUCAGAGGUCACAGAGACAGAAAUGGUUUCAGUGCUUCGACGGAAUCACAUCUAUACUGUUCAUGGUGUCAUCAUCCGAGUACGACCAGGUUCUGAUGGAGGACCGGAGGACCAAUCGGCUGGUAGAGAGUAUGAACAUCUUCGAGACGAUCGUGAACAACAAGCUCUUCCUCAACGUGUCCAUCAUCCUCUUCCUCAACAAGACUGAUCUGCUGGUGGAGAAGCUACGCCAGUCUGACAUCACUAAACACUUCCCUGAAUACAGGGGAGACCCUCGCAGGCUGGAGGACGUACAGGCGUUCCUGGUGCAAUCGUUCAGUCGUAAGCGGCGUAACCGUGGGAAACCUCUGUUUCAUCACUUUACCACGGCGAUCGACACGGAGAACAUCCGCUUCGUGUUCCACGCUGUUAAAGACACCAUCCUGCAGGAGAACCUCAAAGACAUCAUGCUACAGUGAUACACACAUUAUAUACACACACACAGACUGUUAAAGACACCAUCCUGCAGGAGAACCUCAAAGACAUCAUGCUACAGUGAUACACACAUUAUAUACACACACACAGACUGUUAAAGACACCAUCCUGCAGGAGAACCUCAAAGACAUCAUGCUACAGUGAUACACACACACAUUAUAUACACACACACACACAUUAUAUACACACACACAUUAUAUACACACACACACACACAUUUUAUACACACACACA